GAACUACAACUACUUCACAUGUUUGCACAAAACCUUCUUCUUUGUUCACUCACGCAAUGAUGUUCCGAACACUUAUUUCAGCCUUAUUUUUCCUAUGUUCCAAUUCUCUGCAUGGCCUUGCCCAACCUGCUGGAUGUGCUCUACCACCUCAUCCUAACCCUAUGAUCCAUCGUACCAGACCGCGACCACCACUAUACCCACCAGGACUUCAUCUCAUGCCUCGUCGCAACAAAACAGAUCCUGGACCCUUGUCCAAUAGAGCCAGAAUUCUAUUCAUCACCAAAGAACUCAAAAGAAACAUCACCUACGACCCAAAAGGCUAUACUUGCACUUGGGUUGGAAACAACUAUUGCCUUUUCAAAGGGUUCUAUUGUGACACUGUCCCUGACUUAAACAUUACCGGACUUGCUCGAAUUACCUUCAAUGGUGCAAGAUUUGGAGCUCAUAUACUUGGUGCCACGAAUUUAACAUUUGUGGACCUUAGGUUCAACACUUAUGCUGGGAUAGUCCCACGUCGAUUAUUCGACCUUGACACAAACGUGUUGUUUGUUAACAACAACGGGUUCAAUCAGACAAUUCCAGCUACGUUAGGUAACACGCCAGCUUUGUAUCUCACACUUGCCAACAACCAUUUCACUGGUGAAAUCCCACGUAGUAUUGGCCAAGCUUGGAACACCCUGCUUGAAGUACUCUUCUUGAACAACAAGUAGAGCGGUUGUUUGCCUUAUGAAAUUGGGUACUUACAAAGAGCCACAGUGUUUGAUGUUGGUGGGAAUUUAUUGACGGGUCCAAUUCCACAAUCAUUUGGGUGUUUGUUUAAGAUGGAGUUACUCAAUUUGGCUCAUAAUCAGUUUUACGGGACUAUUCCAGAAUCAUUAUGCGGGUUGAAAAAUGGGUACAAUUUUUCAUUAUCUCACAAUUUCUUCACAGAAGUAGGGCCUUUGUGUAGGAAAUUGAUAAGUAAAGCCAGACUUGAUGUAAGGAAGAAUUGUAUUUCUGGGCUGCGAGAGCAGAAAUCUGCAGCUGAGUGUAACCGUUUCUUUACUACGCAGAGAAGAAGCUGCCCAAGAGAGAGUACUUUCAGUAUUGUUCCUUGUAAGAUUGGUACUACUAGUAACUCUUUGGAAGAAGAAAAAGAUGAGGUUUUUCCUACAAUUGAUGAAAUGACUCCACCUUCACCCGUGACCUACGGUGCCCUCACGAAGCCUCACCAUUGAUGUUGGAAGGUAUAUAUGUGUAUAUAUU